AUGCAAUAUCCAACGAUCCCAAUCAGCGAAGUACAACACGAAUCGACCGCUCCCAUCAUCAACAUCAACGACAACAAUAGCAUCGAAUUAGACAAAAUCAUCGACAAAAUGGCCUACGGAAAUGGGCAGCCCUCUGAGAGUAUACUCAGCACUCCCUCUUCAGCGAAUCGAUCGGUCAUCCCCGGUUGGCUGGGGCUUCCAGUCCCUUUGACACCAUACAACUGCGACGUCAUGGACAGAACUCUGGCAGACUGGUCUAGACUGUUGAACUCGGCAUGUGCAAUAAUUAGUACCUUGAACAUGGGUCUGUAUCAGAGGGGUUCGAUGGCCGAAGUUGGCAGUGUCCUUCACCACACCCGUCACCUUGCCAAUCGCCUAGAGAUCCUCGCUAGCCACUAUCAUUCACUCGCCCUCCGGCCAAACCCCAAUCUCCCCCCUCGCCUCGUCCUCCGCGACUGGCACGUCUUUUGGAACUGUAUUGGCGUGUCUAACGUUUUUCAGGGACUCCUCCAACUUACAUAUAUGCCCGCCCUGUUCAUCGUAUGUGACCAUAUACAGCAGAUGUCUGCACGCAACUGGACUACUACCGAGGCUCUAUCCAUAAUUCUUGAGGUCUUGCAGCUACUGACAGACAUUAUGGAUCAGUUUGGCACCUUCUUUAAUUACGUCGGACUCGAGAACUUUGUUUGCAUCACCGGCAGCAGCACGUUAGCUUGCCAGCUGCAGGGCUGUAUCAUCACGGGCACGCUGGACGAGUGGGUAGCCAACCACAUACCCGAGAGUCCGGCUCUGGCCACGCCGAGUGCCCGGAUCUUUGAAUACGUGCCAGACGACAAUCCUGCCUCAGAACUGCUCGCAUCCGACCUACCACUGGCCGGCCCAGACCCAGAGCAGAAGGCAAUGUACACACAGCUCCUACAGCAGGCUUUUGGUCACAUCAAGGUGCGGUCGCCACAUGGGUAUCUAGGCUCGCUCUGUCUGCGCGUCACCACACCCGGACCACCGUUUCAGGAGAAAAUCCCCAGCGAAAGCGACCCGGGGGGCAAUAAGCCGGCAAAGUGGCAUCUGGUGUGGAUGGGCAUAUGGGACAUGGCACAGUGCACGUUUGACAUGACCAUGGAGGCGCUAGAAGCGUCUCAGCUCCCUGUGGUCAUGUCCCUAGACAUCUUCGGCGAUCAAAUGUUCCGCAGCCUGACCAGCGAUCGGCUGGCCUGGUUGUUCUGGAAGCGUUGA